GAAUGACUCCUUCAGUGUAAACAGGUCAGUUGGUUCUUGGUUCUGGAGAAUGUUAUGCCUUCUGUAGAACCUGAAGAAAGCUCAGAACUGUCCCUGCACCAUGAAGCUCUGGGUCUUCCUCACACUAGCACUGCUCUUGCUGGAGCUCCAGAAUGGUGCAAGUCGACAUGUCAAGCGACAGAAAGAUGCUCCUGAGAACCGUCUCAGACCAGGACGAAAGAAGGUCAAGUUGCGCCCUCCGGAUGUCAGAGGAAAAUCUCAAACCAUUCUCACCCAGGUUCUGAACAAGGGCCGGUUCCUACGUCUUGGUGAUACUCUAACCUUAAACCCUGGGAAAACGUUGGAACUAAGAUGUAAAGGAACCAAGAUUGGCUGGGCCUACCCUUCUUACUUGGACACCUUUAAUGACUCUCGCCUCAGCAUUAAGCAGCAUGAGAAGUUUGGUCAGUUGACCCUGACAUCGCCCUCUGCAGCUGACACAGGAGAGUACAGUUGCUGGGUGGUGCUCUGUGAUGGUGAAGAAUGUGAAUCUGAUCGCACCUCUGCCACUUACAUAUACUUUACAGACAAAGAUGAGCUGUUUGUCCCUUCGGCUAUCCACUUUGAGAUUGUGUACCUGAGGCCCGAUAAGUCAGCCACUGUGCCCUGCCGAGUGACGACUCCUAAGGCCACAGUCUCACUGCACAGGGAGGUGCCACCAGAGGAAGUCUUUGCUGAUGGAAGCCUCAUCUCCUACAACCCGACUAAAGGUUUCAUCUUGCAGAAACCCAGUCCAGAGCACGCAGGGGCUUUCUACUGCAAGGCCAACAGCACCACGAAAACCACCCCUCAGGUCUCCACUAAGUACCAGCUGCUCUAUGUUGAAGUACCCAAUGGUCCACCUUUUGCAACUAUUGAGGCCUCUUCAAAUGAAGUGAGUGGAGGGGACAUCUUUAACAUCACCUGCACUGUUCUGGGGGAGCCUGAGGUUGAGGUCAGCUUCAGCUGGAGAUAUCCCGGCCAGGACCAGAGACCCGUCAGUAUUCAGGACUCUUGGAGGUUGAUAAACAGAGGCAUGGGCCACACCACUCGCAUCUCCCAGAGUGUCAUGACUGUGGAUGAUGUGGAGACUAUUGAUUUUGGGAACUACAUAUGCACAGCCAAAAACACCCAUGGAGAGACAUCUGUGGCCACACUUGUGAACUCAUAUGACUAGUUUUUCCUAAACACCCAAGAAAGCAUUAAAUCUAUAACAGACUGCUUUUACACAGACAUCUUACUGCUGAUUUGUAUCGCUGGUACCACUUUACAGGGAUUAUUCAACAUAAGGCUAAGGAAUAAAUGACUUUUUUGAAGGGGAAGCAGAUGUUUUCAUGUUAAGAAAAAAAUAAAGUAAGGUUUUGUAUUGUCCAGA